UGCAACAACAUCUCAAGGAGAUUGACUCCACGAGAGGCUCUGCAGGCAUUGAAGGUCGAGCUCAAGGAGUAUCACAAAGGAGCGGAUCCUUUCAACCGUAAGAUUCGCAAGCACGAGAAUGUUCGAGACUGGUGGUUAGCUGUUCAAAAGGACGAAAACGCACGAGUUCUUGGGGUAACAUUCAUUCAAUAUUUUUUUUUAUUUGACUCACUCUUAUGUCCAGGCCCUUGCAAUCAAGUUAUACUCCGUCGUCCCAGUGUCGAUGGCCGACGAGAGGACAGUUUCAACAAUCACGUGGCUUAACAGCCCCACUCGGAGCAGACAAGACAUCUUGACAUUAAAAGAACAUAUACAGAUUCGUCAGUGGCACCGCUGGCAAGCUGACGUGAGCAAAGAACCGACAGUCGCUCCUUCCGUCAAAUGGCGAGAUAUGUAUGCAACCAUCCACGGUAAACCUGAGACACCACCUGUUGUCCCGCCACCUACUCGACCACCUAUCGUGACCGCGGACAUCAUUUCGAGCCUGACCAACGAACAUCAAGGUAGAUGUUCAGACUCGGAUGAUGAAGACGGGGAUUGGCGUGAUAGCACGGACUAUGUGGGUUUAGCUCCUCGAUAUUCUGUCAGACCACCCUGUACAGCCAACAGCUGCUCGUGGAGGUCCGUCGACGCCAAAGGUGAUGGCCACGACUUCGUCCUCGACACCGAUGGAUGAUGAGUGGGCGGAAUGGAGAUAAGCAGCUUCGUUGUAUAUUACGGUCAAUUAGACCAAAUUUAC